AUGUUCUCACAAGGCUCAAUCCCUGAGGUUAAAGAAGAUGGCAUUGGAUUUGCUCUUAAUGAAAGAAAGUCCAAGAUACCGCAGUUCCAGGACUUAGGUCCUCCGGAUUUGAUUACAUUGGUCAAAUAUAUCCCUUCUCAAUCUCAAUUAAAUGGCACUAAUCAGCCAGAAACUGUACCUGUUACAAAUCAAGAUACUAAUAUUAAUAUGAUUCAAGAUUUAUACCAUCCUGAUAAAAAUAAAGGUGAGAUUGGUACUUAUUUCUAUUCAAUUGGUAUUGAUACUUCUGAUCCGACUUCAAUCGCUGUUUUCUUGAAAAACAUUGCUGAUACUAUUUCUGAAGAACCACAAGCCUGGUUUGGUAAGAAUAAAAAUUUCCAUGUCUCGAGAAUUACUUUAUCUACUUGGAAUACUUUCAGAAAAUGUGAUGUUAACGUUGUAGUCCAUAUUCCUGGUACUUUGCAGACUUAUAUUUUAGAUAUAAAUGGUGAUCAACUUCAAGUAAACCCAGUUUCGACCUCUAAUUCAACUUCAAGUCAACAGGUAGACGAAAGACUAUUAAUAUGGGCAGAAGUAUUCUUCAGCGGUAUUGUACGUUCUGCUAUGUUGAUGAAAGAUAAUGGGGAAGAAGGUGAAGUACAAAAUCUAGUGGAAACUUUAGUUUUGAAUCCAUUAACUUCAGGUGAGAUAGAUAAUGUUGCAAACACUUUCAUCAAAUUAUUCCCAUUAGUAUAUGAGAGAGGUCCAAUUCUAGGUGCACCAGUAAAUAUCACAAAUGUUACAAGAUCAAACAAUUAUUUGAUAGAAACUCUAAUUGAGGUAGUAAAAUUGACCCAUAGUUUAGAAGAAUGUAAAACCAUGUUAGAACAUUUAAUUCAAGAAUAUCCAGAAGCUGUUGUAGUUUUAAUUAGAGUAUUGUUUGCAUGUGAACAAGAAGUAGAUGCAAUUAAGUUGGCAAAUGAACAAUUAAAACUACAAGAAGAAGCCGAAACAAAAAACGACGAAGAAACUAUAUUCCCACUGGAUUAUAAAGUAGACAUACUAUGUGCCCAAGUUGAAUUUUUACUGGACUGUAAACAUGACUAUUCCUUGGCUCAACAAGUUGCUGAAGGUAUUGUAAGUUGUUCUCCAAGUGAAUUCAAACCAUGGUACUUAUUGGCAAAGUCCUUUGUGAGAUUAAAUGACGUUGAAAAUGCAUUAUUGACCCUGAACGCCUGUCCGAUGUCUCCAUUGAAGGAAAAAUAUACAUUGAAAAGAGUGGUUCCUAUUCAAAACGAUGCCAAUUUGCAUCUACCGUUGCCUGUUGAUGUUAUAUUAGAUGAAGUUAGCUCAUUAAAUCCUCAAGAUAUACAGAGAGAACACAAGUCUGCCGAUCCGGUAUUGGCUAAUUUAGCAGCAGCUAAUUUGAAAUCAACAUUUCAACUAGUUUAUAAAUUAUUGACGGAAAUUGUUCAAAUCACAGGUUGGGAAAGUCUGUUAAAAUAUAGAUCCAAUAUUUUCGUUAUGGAGGAAGAGUACCAAAGCUCAGCAGAAGAUGACAAAACUUCAGAAAGCCAAGCUUCAAGAGAAGGCUCUACUUCUUCUUUGAGAACUAAAAGGUUAUGUGAGAGAUGGUUGGAUAACCUUUUCAUGUUACUAUACGAAGAUUUGAAGACUUAUACUCUAUGGCAGACAGAGCAGUUAUAUUUUGAAGCACAAAAUACCAAAUAUAAUAAGUUAACAAUUGAAUGGGAAUUAUUUGGAUUAUGUGCUCGUCGUUUAGGACAUUAUCCUGAAGCAGCCCGUGCUUUUCAAAUCGGUUUAUCACAAAGAUUUUCAGCAGGUUGUGCAAGAAGACUAUUAGAAUAUUGUGUUAAGGAGAAUGUCAAGAUUAAAUACGCGUCCAACUCAUCACAUGCGGAUAUGUCAUCUAACGAUGUCAUUGAUAGACUAAGAGAUCUGGAUAACACGAUAAUUGAUCUUUGUGUAAAGAUAUGCUGUUGGAAUCAUCGUUGGUAUAUUGAAUUUUCCAUUAAAUUAAUUGAAGCAUUAUCCCUCGUAAUUCAAGACAUGGGUCUAACGAAAGUUACAAAUGAGAUAUCUGCCAGAUAUCCUGAAUCAGUCAGCCAAUUGAUGAAGGACAAUCUAUUAGAUUUUUUCGCCAAUGAUACCAAUGAAUACUAUGAUGCAUGA